AUGUCCCGACCACACCUCCAGACCCGCCCCUCCAGCGUCGUCGCACAGACCAAGACCAUCAUCCUCGUCAGCGGCGGCAAUACAGGCAUCGGCUACGAGAUUGUCAAGAGACUCGCCGGCGACAGCCCCAACAACCACGUAUUGAUGGGCUGUCGCGACACCCACAAGGGUGAAGAGGCGGUGGCGAGCAUGGGCGCUCCCAUCAACGUCAACCCAAUCCAACUUGACAUCACCGACGACGAGUCCAUCGAACACUGCUUCCUUGCCAUCCAGCAGCAUUUUGGCCGACUGGACAUUCUGGUCAACAACGCCGGGACGGCCGCCCAAACGCUGCCCCCGGACGCCACCCUGCGGCAGAAAUACGACCUCUGCAUGAGCGUCAACGCCACCUCCACCGCCGUCAUCACCGACAAAAUGGCGCCGCUCCUCGAACUGUCCAGGUUGCCCAAAGUCAUCUUCGUGUCCUCCACCUUGGGCUCCCUGAAGACCACGCUGGACGUCGGCAUCAUGUACAAGGGGCCCUGGUACAACACGAGCAAAUCCGCCGAAAACGCCAUUGCUGUGUACUAUGCCAAGCUGUACCCCCAGUGGAAGGUCAACAGCGUGUGUCCGGGUUACCGCGCGACGGGGUUGAACGGUGCAGAGCUGGGGAGUGAGGAAAUGCAUCCGAAGUUGGGAGCUGUGAGGGUGGCCGAGUUGGUUGCUGAAGGGCCCGAUGGAGUGACAGGGACGUUUUCGAGGGCGGGCGGUGAGAUACCGUGGUAA